UCUCUUGACGAACGGUAUAUGUCUCGCAGCGAUUCUACCGGCGCCGGUGAUUGUGAGUAAUGUGCACUGAGGGAAUGAUUCAGCAAGUACCCUGCAAGGUAUUCGUCGGCCGCUGUACUGAAGACCUAACCGCUGAUGAUCUGCGAGACUAUUUCUCCAAAUUUGGCGAAGUCACGGACGUAUUCAUCCCGAAACCCUUCCGCGCGUUCUCGUUUGUCACUUUCCUAGAUCCCGAGGUCGCCCAGUCGCUGUGCGGCGAGGAUCACAUUAUCAAGGGCGUCUCGGUACACGUUUCGAACGCCGCGCCCAAGUCCGAGGGCAAUAAUAAGAACUUCAACAAUCAAGUGAACUCGAACAUGAGGGGUGGCAGGGGCGCGCCGGGACCCGUCGAUAAUAACGUCCAGGGCAAUUAUCAGGGUAAUCGUUACAUGGGUCAUUCGGGGAACAAUAUGGGUCCGAACGGUUGGAACAAUCCCGGGAAUCGUGGAAAUCUCGAUAUGCCAAAUCUCCAGGCCUUGGGUAUCACCGGCCAGAACAAUGGCGGCGGCGGUGGUGGCGGGAUGUCGAAUCCUCUGGCCAUGGGCGGUCUGAAUCUGUCCGCGUUGCCGGUCAAUCCGGCCCUGGUUGCCGCCGCUCUAAACCAGGCGUCCUGGGGUCUGAUCGGGAAUCUGCAGAAUCAGGGAAACGAUCAGGGUUAUUCGAAUCAGCCGGGUCCGCGUCAGCCGCCUUCCGGUAACAACAGCAUUGGUAACAGCGGUAACUCCGGCUUCCUCAGCUGGAUGAAUCAAGGCGGUGGUGACGGCAAUACCGGGAACCCCGGCACCGGCGGUCCCGGCCCGAAUAACCCGAAUGCGUCCCAGGGCGCCUGGCAGAAUCAUCCGGGUCAACGCGAUCAGAAGUCGAAUACCUUUCUCAAGUACGAGUAAAUUCAACCGGGGCCGUGGGUCUACUCGUAAAACCAAACGGAUCCUCCAUCCACGGGUCCCGACGCAAGAACCUUGAAUCUGACGAAGGCUACGGAAAAAAAGGAGGGAGAGGAGGGGACGGUCAGAACGGGGGUCGAGAGUACAAAAAAAAAACGCGCAUCGACCCCGAGUCAACAGGAAAUAAAAGGGAAAAA